UCCCUUGCAGAAACCACGGCUCAUGAAGACAACCACCUGCUACUUGGAGAACCUGUCCAUCCACCUCUACCCUUCGCUGGAGAAGUUUGAGGAGGAGCUGCUGGAGUUACUCGUGGCUGACCAGGGCCCCUCGGUGUUGGAGGGGAGCCCCUUAUCCGUGAAGGAGCGGCGCCUCCACCUGGGGGUCCACACCGGCCUCUGCUUCGCUCAGCCCCCACAGGUUGCCGUCCUCGUUCCAGAGGCGGAGGUGGCUCGCGGGCGCGCUGGAAGCUUCCACAGGAGACCGGGACCCUCUGGGAAGACCAGUUCGGAGGGGCAAGCGCUGGUCCUGAGGAGCCGCAUCCACCUGACUGAGAUGGUCCGCCACCCGGCCUUUGCAGUGGUCUUCCUGCUGGAGUACGUCUUCUCUGCAGCAAGUGGAUCCGACCUGAAGGCCUCCUCCUCCGUCACCUCUUUGACAGCCCCGUCCUACAUGCACCCCGUCCGCUGGGCCGUUUGGAGCCCCUCACUGGAUGUGUCAGCCUCGGUGGAGGUGGUCCUCCCGCUGCAAGGAGGGGCCCAGCGCAAUCCCAGCCACGUCCUGGUGUACAAGACACCCCCGGCUGCCAUGAGCUCCGAAGAGGUGAAGCAGGUUGAAUCAGGAAGUGUCCAGUUCCGAUUCUCCACUGGGUCCGAAAAACACCCCGCGAACACAACAGGAAGCACCAAGGAGGAGCUGCCGCCUCCGAGUCUCCGGAAGGCCAUAAACUCGGGUUCCCCGCCUUUCCCUCCAGUGCUCGUUUCCACUCGAGAUGAUUCCCAAGGUCCCGGGCUCUCCAUAUCUCAGCUGUCUGUGUCCCCGGCACGCCUGGCGUCCAAGCCCCCCUUGCAGCCGUCCGUCAGUUCUCUGUCCUCAGAAGUUCUCAAGCAAGCUGCGCAAGAGGAGAAUCUCCACAGUGCCAUCACUCACUUGGAGUCGGACCUCAGCCGGAGCUCCUUGGUGGCUCAGGAGGCCACCUCGUUGGUGGACCACCUCCAGGAGCUGCCCUUCACACCGGUCCACGUGCCCAUCAUCGCUCUGGGAAUGCCUUCGGGGAGUUCCAGCACCGUCCUGACCCGGGCCGCCCUCGCCCGCCUGCGCGUCUCCGGUUUCCCUCAACUCCUGGAUUGCAACAAGGAGCCGGUCCAAAUGGUGGAGCCAACUGAUCCCGUGACCUACGACCCCCAGAGGGAGGAAGCCGACCUCUUGCAGAACAAUGAAAUUGUCUUACAGUUUCUCGCAUUCACCAGGAUCCCGCAGGACCCAGCGGCUGCUGAGACGUCUCCGAAGAGCACCUAUUUCACCUUCCAGUUCUACCGCUUCCCUCCGGUCACAACGCCACGGCUGCAGCUGGUCAAGCCAGAUUCCUCCGGAGCAACUUCGCCCAGCACUUCCCCACACCUUUUAAUUCAGAUUAAUCAAGAUGGAACCCUGAACGCCGGCUCUCCGGGUUUCCAGCUUCGGUAUAUGGUGGACCCCAGCUUCCUGAAGGCCGGGGAGCAGCAGUGGUUCCUCCGCUACCUGGCCCAGCAUUCCCUCCACAUUGACGCCUGGGACGGGGACUCCUUGCUCCUGCUUGGAUCUGCGGCUGUGAAGAUGAAGCACCUGCUCCGCCAGGGCCGGACAGCCGUCCAAGUCCACCAUGAGCUGGAAGUCCUCGCCAUGGAGUACAAGCAAGAUGCAACGGUGACGAGCGGGGACGCUUUCCAGCACGGGUUGGUCAAGCCCAUCGGCGUGGAGGCUUCGGUCAGAGGCCGCCUGCACCUGAGCCUGGCCAACAUUGGCCACCUCUGUGAGCAACGACUGAGGAAGUCCCCCGCCUUGCCGGCCUCUCGCUCGCGCGUCGUCUCCUCGCAUGACGGGACCAGCGGCUUCCGCGGGGGCAGCCUACUCUCCCUCAACACGCCCACAGCAGGAAAUGUGUGCCAGGCCCAGAAGCUGGCCGACGUGGACAGCGAGCUAGCAGCGAUGCUCUUCUCCCGCCUGCGCGAGGCCAGCACCGCCUUCCAGCACAGCGGCCGGGAGGCCAGCGCAACCCGGAGGCGGAAGCUGGAGAGGAUGCUCUCGGUCCGGAAGCGGGAGUCCCAAGAGGGAGAUGGUGGGAGGAAGAAGGCCGCCCUUGUCCUGGGUCGCCACGAAGACCGCAUCCAGCACACGCGGGACCUACAGCUCAUCGAGGCCUACCGGGAGCACAUCAAAGCCGAGAGCAUCGCCAGCAUGCUGAGCCAUGCCAUCACCACCCGCCACACCCUCUACGCCACCUUUGGCAUGGCACAGUUCUUCGAGUUCGCCCUGAAAAACCCCUAUAACGUCCAGCACACGGUCACCAUUGAAAGCGACAACCCCGAACUCAGUGUCAUCGUGGACACCCGAGAAUGGAAGCAUUUUAAGGACCUGACCCAGACAGUCACCCCAUUGGAGGAGGACAUGUUCCACCUACAGGACAGCCUCGCCCCCCAGGUCUACCUGCGCCCUAAGGAGACGGUCCACAUCCCCUUCAAGUACCAGGCCUUCUGCAUGGACUCCAGUGCCAUGAUGCAGCAAGGUCCUGCAGAGCUGACAUUCUGCGAAGGCCAGAAGGACGCAUCCGCCUCCGCCGCCUCCUGGAAGCCCAGCGGCUCGCAGACGAAACACAUCAAGGUCUCCUUCACGGCAAACGGGGGCAAACCCCUCGCUCUCCUCCGCGUCAGCGUCGAAUCCCAGCCCCAUGUCGUGGACCAGACCUUCCGCUUCUAUCACCCGGAGCUCACCUUCCUGAAGAAGUCCAUCCGCCUACCCCCGUGGCACACGCUUCCAGGAGCUCCUGUGGGGAUGCCGGGCAGAGAACCGGAGGUGUUUGUCCGCUGCAGCGAUCCCAACAUCAUCUGCGAAACCAAGAAAAUGGGCCCUGGCGAACCACAGGAUGUCUUUCUGAAAGUCGCUGGAGGGCCCAGUCCACAGAUCAAGCGGUUCUUUCUGGCCAUUUACACGGAUCCCUGGCUGGCCGCUCCGACCCAGAUCUGGCAGUUCUACCUGCAUUCGUUGCAACGGAUCGAUGUGAGCUGCGUGACGGGGCAGCUGACCCGCCUCUCGCUGUUGCUGCGUGGGACGCAAAGCCUCCGGAAGGUGAAGGCCUACUCGUCCCACCCGCAGGAGCUGAAGUUGGACCCAGAAGGCGUCUUCAUCCUCCCAGCAAACGGGGUACAAGACCUGCACCUGGGCAUCAGGCCCCACAUCGCAGGGAACCGGUUCAUCUACCUCAACCUCGUGGACGUGGAAUACCAUCAGCUGGUCUCCUCCUGGUUGCUGUGCUUGUCCUGCCGGCAGCCCCUCAUCUCCAAGGCCUUUGAAAUUGUGCUCCCCGCUGGAGGAGGGAAAGGCUGUAACAAGAGAAUCACCUAUGCCAACCCCUACCCGUCUCGGAGGAUGUAUUUCCUUCAUACCAACCGUCCAGACUUGCUGCAGUUCAAGGAAGAUUCCUUUGAGAUCGGCGGAGGCGAGGCCUACACCAUUGGCUUACGCUUUGCCCCGAGCCAGAGCUCCGGCCAGGAAGAGAUUCUCAUUUAUAUCAACGAUCGGGAAGAUAAGAAUGAAGAGACCUUUUGUGUGAAGGUCACCUACCAGUAAUAGGAUGUGCGUGUGUCUCUCUCUGUUUAACUGGGUCGUUUUUUAACUCCCUCUGGCUAUCCGUCAGACUUCCCCGGAGACCUUCUGGUCUUCCUUUCCUUAGUCCCAUCUGCCCCCGAGUCAUCCCUUGAGUGGCCUUCUCCCUUGACCCUGUCUAUUCAUCCUAUGUCGGCAUGUACACUUGCGCCAACACAACCCAAUCAAGUUCUUGCCACGGCCGGACAAUUGAGUACUCCCCAAAUUUGCCUCAGGCAUCAAUACUUCUGUCUGGAUCGAAACAUCCAUCCCUCUUGCCCUGGAGUGUCACUCGUUUUGGGAAUGUCACUGAGGCUCUCUGACUUUCAGCUGCAAUGAUCCCAGAGUCUCAGGUUUGGCUGGGUUUUGACGCCUUAUUCUCUUUAUUCCUUUACAGAUUGUUAGUUUUGUAUUUUUAUAUAUAAAUGAUAAUGGUUGCUAUUGCAA